AUGCAGAUCUCCCCACGAGCUCACGGACCCUACGGGUAUUCAAGGCAUCCGCAGGUAGCGCCCCAUCCGGACCAUGUGAACAGUGCGCGCCUGGCUACCGCCACAAAACCGAACGCAGGGAAGUCGUUCACCAUCGACGCACUGCUCGCGAAGCCAGAUCAUAUGGAGCACACGAAGACAGUUUCCUAUCGGAGUCCAGUGAACCACACCCCAGCAACAGGUAGUCUCUUUCCACUUGCUGGGCAGAUGUGUUCCCCGGUCCCGCAAUAUAUGUACAGCCCGGGUGUUAUACAAACACAGACCGGCUAUCCAGUCUAUUGCUGUCCGCCUUUCGGCUACCAGACAACAUGUCGUGGAACUAUUUAUUCACAAGAUAAUGUCCUGACUAAAGCAGGCGUGCACACUCACUUCAAACAUAAAGCCGGCAAAGCGAAGAGGAUGCGCACGAGUUUCACCAACGAGCAGCUGUCCCGACUGGAGAAGGAGUUUGCGCGCCAGCAGUAUAUGGUGGGCUCAGAGCGAUUCCUCCUGGCGUCCGCGCUGCAGCUUACCGAGGCACAGGUAAAAGUUUGGUUUCAGAACAGACGCAUCAAGUGGAGAAAACAGAGUCUGGAGCAGCAGCAAGCUAAACUGGCCAAACUGGGGCUGACGGUGCCCCCCAAAAGUCCAGGAUCUCAAGGUCGAGAAGAUGAGGGAGAUGAGGAUGAGAAUGACUUCACCGAGGACUCUGAUAUCGAUGUCGACAUCGAUGACUCACUGCAGGAGUGA